CUCACACCAAGCAAAAGCAAAAGCACAUCGGCAAAGAGCAGGCAAAGCAGCACCAGAGCACCACCACCACCACCACCACCACCACCACCACCACCAGCAGCAGCAGCAGGAUCAAGUUUUUGGCGAAACCCAUAAUUUCGCUCAUCUUCCUGCUCCUCUUCUUCUUCUUCGCGGGCUCCAUGGUGUCGCCGGCUUGACCGCCGCCGCCUGCCUAUAAACAAACCCAAGUGGAGUCCCAACCCCAACUCCAGCUCCAGCUCCAACUUCGACUGCGACGGCGACUCCAUAACAACGCGACGAAGACUCGACGAGAUACAACGAAUCCAGUUCUCCUGGUGCUUUUGUUUUGCUUUUGUUGCCGCUGCUGCUGCUGCCUCGCGUUUAUUGUUUUGCUGCAUAGUCCGGAAAAAAUAAACGUGGCAACGAGGGGAUAACGAAGGGGAAACUGGCCCCGAAACACCCGGUAUCCCGAUACCCUCUCCAUAUAGAGGAAGGCCAACAAAAACAACCAAGAACGAUCGGUUGGGGCAACAACAACUAAGUUGCAUUGCAGUUGCCGCCGCCGUAUAAAAAUCAUCAGCCUUUGGCCCACGUCGUUGUUGUUGCUCUUGUUGUUGUAGCCAUCAGACAUGGCGCCGAAAUCCAGAAAGAAGAAGGCUCAUGCCCGCUCCCUAACCUGCUACUGCGAUGGCAGUUGUCCGGACAAUGUAAGCAAUGGAACCUGCGAGACCAGACCCGGCGGCAGUUGCUUCAGCGCAGUCCAACAGCUUUACGAUGAGACGACCGGAAUGUACGAGGAGGAGCGAACCUAUGGAUGCAUGCCGCCCGAAGACAACGGUGGCUUUCUCAUGUGCAAAGUAGCCGCUGUACCCCACCUGCAUGGCAAGAACAUUGUCUGCUGCGACAAGGAGGACUUCUGCAACCGUGACUUGUACCCCACCUACACACCCAAGCUGACCACACCAGCGCCGGACUUGCCCGUGAGCAGCGAAUCCCUGCACACGCUAGCCGUCUUCGGCUCCAUCAUCAUCUCCCUGUCCGUGUUUAUGCUGAUCGUGGCCAGCUUAUGUUUCACCUACAAGCGACGCGAGAAGCUGCGCAAGCAACCACGUCUCAUCAACUCCAUGUGCAACUCGCAGCUGUCACCCUUGUCACAACUGGUGGAACAGAGUUCGGGCUCCGGAUCGGGAUUACCACUGCUGGUGCAAAGAACCAUUGCCAAGCAGAUUCAGAUGGUGCGACUGGUGGGCAAGGGACGAUAUGGCGAGGUCUGGCUGGCCAAGUGGCGCGAUGAGCGGGUGGCCGUCAAGACCUUCUUUACGACCGAAGAGGCUUCUUGGUUCCGCGAGACUGAAAUCUAUCAGACAGUGCUGAUGCGACACGACAAUAUCUUGGGCUUCAUUGCCGCCGACAUCAAGGGUAAUGGUAGCUGGACACAGAUGUUGCUGAUCACCGACUACCACGAGAUGGGCAGCCUACACGAUUACCUCUCAAUGUCGGUGAUCAAUCCGCAGAAGCUGCAAUUGCUAGCGUUCUCGCUGGCCUCCGGGUUAGCCCACCUGCACGACGAGAUCUUCGGAACCCCUGGCAAACCAGCUAUCGCUCAUCGCGAUAUCAAGAGCAAGAACAUAUUGGUCAAGCGGAAUGGACAGUGCGCUAUUGCUGACUUUGGACUGGCGGUGAAGUACAACUCGGAACUGGAUGUCAUCCACAUUGCACAGAAUCCACGUGUCGGCACACGCCGCUACAUGGCUCCAGAAGUAUUGAGUCAGCAGCUGGAUCCCAAGCAGUUUGAAGAGUUCAAGCGAGCGGAUAUGUAUUCGGUGGGUCUCGUUCUGUGGGAGAUGACCCGUCGCUGCUACACACCCAUAUCGGGCACCAAGACGACCACCUGCGAGGACUACGCCCUGCCCUACCACGAUGUGGUGCCCUCGGAUCCCACGUUCGAGGACAUGCACGCUGUUGUGUGCGUAAAGGGUUUCCGGCCGCCGAUACCAUCGCGCUGGCAGGAGGAUGAUGUACUCGCCACCGUAUCCAAGAUCAUGCAGGAGUGCUGGCACCCGAAUCCCACCGUCCGGCUGACUGCCCUGCGCGUAAAGAAGACGCUGGGGCGACUGGAAACAGACUGCCUAAUCGAUGUGCCUAUUAAGAUUGUCUAAGCAGCUGUUUGUAGUCUCGUUUUAGGUUUGACCUAAGUUGCAUUUAGUUUUCUGUUUUUGUUCAACAUCUGUUGAAUGCGCAGUUCCGACCUUUUGUACGGAAUUUCAUAGUUAGGUACUAAUCAUAAGUUGCCGGUACUUGAGCGGAGCAAAGCAGAGGAUCCUUCAGAGGUGCCUAUACUACGGUUACUUUAACCGUCGCACUGAUUGUAAGCUAGAGGUUAGAUUUAAGUUGACAGGAGCUAGUUACUAAGGCCCCUUGCAAAAUCUUUGGUUAGAAAAAUGCUUUAACUAUUUGAGAAAUAUAGGGAGUAUUUUGGAUGACACCUAUUCAUGUUGAUGUACAUAAGUAUGAGAUCAAAAUAGAAAUCAAUUGAAAGAAUCGAAAUUUAUAUGUAACAUACUUUAAUUUUUGUGCCAGCUUUUGUACGCUUUAACUAAACGAGUUAAGACGCCCAUUCUUUGACCCCCGAGGCUUUAGCCUCAACAUGGAACAUGUCUUCAUGUGUUUUGUUUGUAUCUAGUGUUUAAGUGAGAACUUUGCAGACUUUGUGCAAGUAAAUGCUGCCUUUUGUAAAAUCCACGGAAUUAGUUGCCUUAAGACAAAGUGUAAAGACAGGAGCCAACAGACAGGAGCCCGACUCCCUUCCUCCCCCUUAAGUAGCACAUAUUUUUGUAUGUAUAACCAGAGAUCGAGAAGUAUCUCGAGAAGUGCACUUGUGUCGGCUCUUUUGUUUUGUGUAAAUAGCAAAGAUGUUUAUAGGCCGCUAACCAUACAGAUAUAUAGUAUAUAUAUUAUAUCGUUAUAAGCGAUUCUGUAAAUACUAUAUAUGUAUCUUUAUCUGUAACCGUUUAACUUAUAUCUUAUCGUUCUUAUCGUGUAACCUUGUUUAAGCUAGAGUUAGAUGACUAGCCUGUAAGAGCAAAAAGUAAACUAUAUGAACUAGA